AACAUAGAAAAUAAGAACAUCAGAAUAACUGAAUUUGAUUGCUGUGUAGGCCUACACUACACUGGGAUGGGUGUGUGUGUGUGUGUGUGUGUGUGUUUGUUUUGUUGCAGAGUGGGGAUAAGGGCUUGGAUAAAUUGAUCCAGCAGACACUUUGUAGCACUUUGCCGACACAAGAGGCCAGUAAUCCUGCCUUCAUCUCGCAGCUGGAGGAGAUCAAAAUGACAACAGCUCAGACAAACAACACACACUCCGUCAACAGGGCUGAGAUACUAAUGCAACUGAAAGAAACCAGGGUAGAGAAGAGACGGCAGAGGAAGAUUCUGAAAGAGUUUGAGGAGACGGUUCUCUUGAAGACUGGCAGGAGCGCACAGAGAGAGGACCGGGUUCCCAUGGCGGCGGAAUACGACCGCUACGAAACUCUGAAAGCCAGGCUAAAGUUGCUGAAAAGGAUGCUGGGACAGACACACACUGUGAAAGCAGCCGGGUGAGCGAGGCUUUAGCCCCUGCCGUGCUGAAGACUGGAGCGUAUUUGUUGACGGACUGUAAUUUUGUAAUUUUAAGAGAUACUGUUUGUUGUCUUUGCAGCGCUUUAUAAUUAUUUAUGAAAAAUGUUAUCAGUGGCAAAUAUGCAAUCACGUUGUUUUUAAAAAAAAUGAAAAAGAGUACUUUUGUAUAAAUUAUUUUGUAUUACCAAAGGCUAAAUGUUGCACAGCUCAUUUCACAGUGACCACA